AUGGCGGAAAAUUUAAAAGGUGCGCGCGGGACGGCGGCCUCGAGCCGAACGAGACCCGGGACCGGGAGGGAAUCGGAACCAGCACCGCGGCUGCAGGGCAACCGGAACCGGGAUCCGGAUCGGGGCUGGAGGGGAAGCGGGCCUGGGACCGGGACCGGCACCGGGCGGGGGACUCGGGACCGGGACCAGAAUGCAACCGGAACCGGGAUCCGGAUCGGGGCUGGAGGGGAAUCGGGACCAGGUCUGGAAGGGAAUGAGGAUCUAGUGGGCACUCGGGACCGGGACCGGGGAGCGAGCAGCUGGGACCGGAGCGGGGAGCCGGGACCGGGACGCUGGGGAAGAUUCCGGUACUGGGCAGGGCGGAUCCGGUGCUGGGAGCGCUGCCGGUGCCCUGGGGGGGGGAGCACACGGAGGACGGUUCUGAGCCCCUUCCCUUUCUCUCCCCCCGGUAACGGCGUCCCCCCUCCCCCCGCAGAGUGCUCUGUGAGCUGCAAAUCGUCGUGGCGGCAGCUGGCGGAACUCUGCCGACUGCGGCGCCUCCGGUGCCCGGCGCUGGGAGUCAGCCGCCGGACCCUGCGGCGGCACUUCGAGGUCGAGCAGCUGCUGGACUACCGCAGGGUCAAGGACGAAGACUUCUACCUGGUGAAGUGGGAGGGCUACCCUGAGAGCUCCAACACCUGGGAGCCCAAAAAGAACCUGCGGUGCCCGGGGCUGCUCCGGCAGCUCCACCUCGACCUGGGCCGGGCCCCGGGGGGCCCUUUCCGCCCGGGCCCCCGGGGCUUGCCCCCCCGGGCGGUGUCCUACCUGCGGCAGAAGGCGGAGCAGCGCCGUGAGCUGCAGCGCUGGGAGCGGCUCCUCAACAGCUCCGGCGGGGGAGGGGGCGGGGGGGGGAGGGGCGGGGGGCUGCGGAUCGUGGUGGAGAACGAAGUGGACCUGCAGGGCCCCCCCCGGGAUUUCGUCUACGGCGAAGACUACAAGCUGGGGCCGGGGGUGGAGGUGACGCCGGUGGCGGCGGGCUGCGAGUGCAGCGACUGCUACCGGGAGGGCUGCGCCGGGCGCUGCUGCCCGGGGGCCUCCCGCAUCCCCUUCCCCUACACGGCGGGGGGCAGGCUGCGGCUGCGGGCCGGGCUGCCCAUCUUCGAGUGCAACUCCCGCUGCCGCUGCGGCCGGGACUGCCCCAACCGGGUGGUGCAGCGCCGCGGGGAGGCGGCGGGGGGCGGCGCGGCGGGCCGGGGGGAGCGCCGCUGCCUCUGCAUCUUCCGCACCGCCGACGGCCGCGGCUGGGGCGUGCGCACCCUGCACAGCAUCCGCAGCCACCGCUUCGUCAUGGAGUACGUGGGGGAGAUCAUCACGACGGAGGAGGCGGAGCGGCGGGGGCAGGAGUACGACCGGCAGGGCGCCACCUACCUGUUCGACCUGGACUACGUGGAGGACGUGUACACCGUGGACGCAGCGCGCUACGGCAACAUCUCCCACUUCGUCAACCACAGCUGCGAGCCCAACCUGCAGGUGUUCAAUGUCUUCAUCGAGAACCUGGACCCGCGGCUGCCUCGCAUUGCCCUCUUCAGCGCCAGGCACAUCCGGGCCGGGGAGGAGCUCACCUUCGACUACCGCAUGAGAGUGGACCCAGUGGACGCCGAGAGCAGCCAAAUGGACUCCAACUUCGGGUUGGCAUCUGGGGGGGGACCAGGGGGGUCCCCCCGUGCCAGGGGGCGCAUGGAGUGCAAGUGUGGAGCUGGCACCUGCCGGAAGUUCCUCUGCUGAGGGCCUGGCACCAACAGGGCACUGCCAGCCAACCCCUGUGGCCUCUGCCUGCUGUGGGCGCUGG